AUGCGCGUCCACUAUCUCGCCUUUCUGGCAUCGUCUGCUCUUUCGGCUCGUGUUGACGGUGUUAUGGAACCCGGCGCCCCGAAUGAAACAGCGCUUUACUUCCCGGCGGCCGUUCGCCCAUCGAUUGCCAGCGACGACGAUGUCACUGCCACAAGGUCGCCAACACGUGUUGGUCCACCAAAUGUCGAAGAAAGGGGCCUUUCCGGUACAAUUGUUUCGUCCGCGUUAUCGAAGUUGGGUAGUCGAGGCAAGAGCAUGGUGCUGGCAAGGGCUCAAGAUAAGUUCUACAACUUGCAAAAAAAUUCGAUAAGGGACAACGACGUCGAGCACAGUCUUCAAAAUGCACUUAAAACCAAAGCGUGGGAUGAUCUGUAUGACCGGUACAAAUUGUCUGGACAUUUGAUGAUUGACGAUCCCACCAAGCACUAUGGAGAUGAAAUAAUAGCACGUGUGCUCUCUCAGGCGGUGAAGGCCGACUCAAGAAACCCUGCGAAGUUUGCAAAGGCUACGACUCUGACGGAGAAGUUGGCGUUGGACCAGCUCACAAGGUGGCAAACGAGGAAAAAAACACUUGAUGACGUGUUUGACACACUCAGGCUGAACCAUCUUGACUUUACACCCGACGCUCUGGCACACAUUGCCUUGCUGAAAAAAAAUCUUGAGGUCGUUGUGUUUUCCCGGAUGAUGCGUAGUCGAAAGAUGAACGUUCUGGAAAACUAUAGCAAGCUCACCGCGCCCGAAAACAGCGAGGUAGCCUAUCUACGUGCCCUUAUGAAAGGCUUUGGUGGAGAAAAAAAAUUCUUCAAGCUGCUACGCCAGGCGAAUGAGGACAAAGCUCUAGUUGACAUGACAGACGAUCUGGAAGAUGUGUUCCUGAAAAUGAGUUUGGCGGAUAACACAAACCCCGUGGCUGCUUUUCAAAUACUACGGACUGGCCUACCAAAAGAAGCACUACUGAAUGAGAGAAUCAUGGACAAAUUGACGACAUAUGUGAAGACCUACAACGAAAACAAACCUGCGGCGCGGCAGGUCACAGUACUCGACGUAUUGGAUACGAAUCUUGGUGGAGAGCGUGGGCUUCUUAAAUCACUCGUGAAUAAGAACCUACACGAAGACACGAUUUAUAGUUUACGAACGCCAACUUUACGAGAAAUGGUAUCUCGACGGUGA